AUGCCGAGCGAGCUGAAGCGCGACGCAGAGGAUGCUGGUUCCACGUCUCCGAGCCAUCGCCGGAGAAUCAACGACCCCGACAAGCCGAUGUACCUGGUGGUGGAGCACAAGGCCGGGAAGAAAAAGGACGCCAAGCCUGCCGACUCCGCACCCAGCGUCAGCAUCGCCGGCGCAACAACGCCUAUGGUCCCCCUGCACCUCAGCCAACCCGGCAUGUCCUUCGCCGCGGUAUCGUCGCCGCAGGGGUCCUGGAUCGUCGGCGUGGGCGGGGAAGGGCAGGGUCACACCAUAAUCUACGAUGUCGCGACCUCCAAGGAGUUUCACGGCCCCGACCUCAGUACCAACAAGAUGGAUCCCGUCCUGAUACCGUUCCGCGGCCAGCUCUACGUGUUCUCGCGCCGCCCCUCCGUCAAGUGGGAACCGAGGGUCCUCGACUACCUUCCCUGGUUCGAGCUGAUCUGCUUCAAGGAUGGCCGCCCUAGGUGGAAUCAUCUCACCAAAGAUCUCGAGCCGCCGCCCGUCUUCCCGUGCCGCAUCAACCCGAUCGAAUACAGCAACCCGCCGGAGAUUUGUGUCGCCGCCUACGCCACGGUUGGCUCCCAUAUCUUGCUCUCCGUGCAGCUGGAGAACGCCGGCAAGGUGAAGAGGAAAUACAAGGGGACCUGCGGGUACGACGUGGACAGGGAUGUCUGGGAGAUGGUGCACGCCAUGAAUCUUCCUUUCCUCGGCGAGGCUGUGCCCCUCGGCGACCACCUCUUUCUUGGCCGGUCCAGAGUCAGGGAUGGUGCUGCCGUUGUCUACUCUAUGGAGGUCUGCCAAUCAGCAGCGUCUGGGAAGAGCGAGCUGUCCAUUAGAGAGGUUAACGUGGUGGUGGCGCCCAAGGGCCGCAUUGUUCUUGGGGAUCUUCUCUUCCCUUUGGAAAGGGGCUGGUUUUCCUCUGUUUGCGUUCGAUCUGCUGAUCCCGGCCCGGAGUCAAAGUUAGUAGACAAUGUACGUGUUGUUCAACGCAAAUACGUUAUGGUGGGGUAUAAUGCUGCUGAGAACCAUGCGACAAUUGAGAAGCAGCAUCGCCAAGUUUACAAACUGGUGGUUGAUCCAUCUCGUCCUUUGGCUCAUCCUUCCCCGGUGGCUGCUGCUUUCACAGUGUAA